CCCCAACCCGUAAAGGCCCGCCUUGCUAGCAGAGCCCUUGCGAGCGCUUCCGAGGACUGCCUCUCACGCUCGCACCUAUUCGAUCGUACGACCGGUGCCUGCCAGCAUGAGCACAUCGCCCAAGAACCGCGCCGGUCGCAAUGCGUCACCGACGGUCCGCCAGGUUGCGAGUCCUCUGAUGCUGCCUACUCGGGCAGGAUCGCUGUCGCACGAGGAGCCGCGUCGGUCGUCUAUCCAGUUUCUUGCGCAUAGGAACUCAUCUUUACCAAGAGGGAGCCCGAAGCCGAAACAGCGACGGCGGCUGUCCUCACCACCGCCCCCUCCGAACUUCCAGCCCCGCGUCUCGUUCGACACAUUCGACAAGCCAGCCGACUUCAUCGAGGAGAGCUCUUUCACUUUAAUAGCCAAGCACAAGGACUACGAGUACACCAAGCGGUCCAGAACGUUUCUGUGUGGUUUUGACGAGAACGAGUACUCAACAUAUGCGCUUCAAUGGCUGAUCGACGAGCUGGUCGACGACGGCGACGAGAUUGUUUGUCUGAGGGUUGUCGAGAAGGAGGACACCAUAGCAGGUGACCGCAGUGUGGAGACUGGAAGGUACAAGCGGGAGGCAGACGCGACAAUGCAGGACAUCCAGGCUCGCAAUCGCGAAAACAAAGCGAUCAAUCUCAUCCUGGAAUUCUCCGUGGGCAAAGUGAACAAGGUCAUUGACGACAUGAUCAACCUCUAUGAGCCUGCAAUCCUUGUUGUGGGGACAAGAGGCAAGAGCCUGGGUGGUUUCCAGGGUCUGCUCCCGGGAAGUGUAUCCAAGUAUUGCCUGCAGCAUUCGCCGGUGCCCGUCAUUGUCGUGCGCCCGUCAUCCAAACGUGACAAGGCACGCAGCAAGCGUGCGAAUGAUCCCAACCGACUCGGCUACCAGGAAAUGCUGGCCAAGAGCGAAAGUCUGCUUGAUGUUACCACAAGCCCUGCCCCGAGUCCUCGCGGCAGCUUCAUCGCGACCGACGAUCAGGCUGCUGCGGUCAAGGCAUCGCUCCAAGCCCAGGCUACGCAGUACACCCAGCGCGCUGAACCUUCACCACUGGCACAGGUACACCAUGCAGAAGAGAGCGAAGACGAGAAGGAUCUGCGCAGUCCAGGAUCACUACUCAAGAGUCCCGAGCUCCAGAAUCUCGAAAGUCCAGACAUGAGCAGCGACUCGAGCAGCGACGAUGAGGACAGAACAGGCGGCGUGUCGACGCGGAAGAGUAAUUUUGAGUCGGACGAGGCAAUAAGCGGGACAACCGACACCGCUACCGAAGCAUCAGACACGCAGCCCUACGAGCCGAUCCAGUUCCAGCCCAUCCCGCCCGCGUCGGCAGCAGAGCUGGCGGCGGCCCGGGCAGCUGCCAACGAACUCGAGGCGGCAUACACGCCCCCGGAAAAGAAGACAAAGGCGGAUCACAAGUCAGCAGCACAGCGAAUCAUGGAGGGCAUUUGAGCGGAUGGGUACUAAAAAUAUAAUUGGUUGGCGAGCAAGAUACCAUACUCGACGAACAGCACGACUGAAUAGUAUCAUCUCAUCAUUUGAAAACACCACUCAAGGAAUAGAUAGUUCAUGCUCAUCAAUGGUUGUCGUCGUAUCGAUAUCGGCUGCACGUGCCUUGCCGCAUGAUCCCUGUCCGCUCAACGAGAUGACGUUUGGC